AUGGCAUUAUUGGCAAUAGGUGUUUGCGUUCUACUAUGCACUUUCAAAUCUGUAAUAGGAGGCCUCGAAGGUUUUAUAGUCGGUGGUGAUUAUGUUGAAUCCAUAACAGAAUACCCUCAUGUCGCUUCUUUGGCGAUAACUGUAUCGGACAACGAUUAUACUAUAUGUGGGUCAUCUAUAUUAAACCAAGUGAUUUUAAUAACUGCCGCGCACUGUUUGGAUAAGUCUCAGGAAGUAAUAGCUUCUGUGGGUAGCGUGAUAGUUGAGCAAGGCGAACUGUAUCGUGUCGUCGAAUUCAGGCUGCAUGAAAAAUGGAAACUGCCCUCUAUCGCUCACGACAUAGCUUUGUGUGGGUUGGAGAAACCACUGUCACUGGGGGAGACAGUACAGCGGGUGCUACUGAUGAGGCAGCCACCGAGAACACAUACAGCUGUCUUGACUGGUUGGGGCGCAUAUGAAGAAAUCGACUACUUAGAAUCAGUUCAGCUCAAACGUUUGAGACAGAAGGUUUGGACAUAUAGCACGUGCAAAAAAAUCGUCAAAACUGCACCCCAUGGCACUAUUUGUGGAGGUGACCUUAAAGAUAAAGGAAAUUUUGCUUCUAGAGGAGACUCAGGCAGUGGUCUCCUAGUUAACAGCAAUAUAAUCAUUGGGCUGGUGUCCUUCAAAAACGUGAAAUUCUCUCGCAGCGUAGUGGUCUAUACGGACGUCGCUUACUACUACGAUUGGAUUGUGAGCGAAUCAAAACGAUUAUUAUGUGAAUAA